GCUUAACAUGGAAUGUCGUUGUUCCGAAUCCAACGAGGCGACGAGGAUUCCCUCAUCGUCCACCUUUCAACCUUCGUUUCCUCAUCCAGACCAGUGUCCUUUUGCGCAUUUUGCGUCUGCCUGUCCUUUUUGACUUCAUUAACCUCUUCAAUUCAUCUCCUCGCCCGUCGUCCUGCUUCUCAAACGACAGCGACAUUGCGCGGGACCAACUUCACCUUAUCAGCCUGGGCAAAGGGCUCCCCCCUCCUUGAAUUCAAAAUGCCGUUUCAAGUUCCAGACUUCUUAGGCACUUACCGCUUCUGGGUCACUGCCUCCCUGGCUGGCUCUGUUUUUCUGGUCAGGUUUGCUCCUCAAUAUUCAAUUUUGCAAUCCUACACAUUGACCGCCUCUGUAAUAUUUCUGCUCCAUGCCCUUGUCUGGGCGGUCUACGUUAUUUUCAUCUAUCCUUUCUACGUCAGCCCUCUGCGCCACCUCCCGACCGUUAAAGGAGGCAGCAGGGUCUCCGGCCACUGGCGCACGCUUCUCAAAGAGCCUUCUGGAGUGCCUCAGCGACGCUGGGCACAAGAAAUCCCCAACGAUGGCUUGAUCCGCUACUUGCACCUCUACAACCGGGAACGUCUCCUGGUCACAAGCCCCAAGGGCCUUGCCGAAGUGUUGAACACGAAAAGCUAUGAGUUCAUCAAGCCUGAGCUACUCCGAAACGGGGUCGGACGAGUCUUGGGCGUUGGCAUUCUUCUGGCAGAGGGCGACGACCACAAGACACAGAGAAAGAAUCUCAUGCCGGCAUUCCACUUUCGCCACAUCAAGGAACUCUACCCCAUAUUUUGGGCCAAGUCUCAAGAGAUGGUGCAUGCUAUCCAGACGCAGCUCAAGUCCUCGUCCGAGCCACGGCCCUCGGUUGAAGUCAGCGAAUGGGGUAGUCGUGCAACAUUGGAUAUCAUCGGUCUGGCCGGCAUGGGUCAGGACUUCAGCUCUCUGCAAGACCCGACGAACGAACUGAAUCGUGUCUAUCGAGCCGUCUUCCAGCCUGACCGCACCGCCCAGAUCCUAGGCCUCCUGUCCUUCUUCCUUCCGGCGUGGCUUCUCAACAACCUCCCCAUCGACCGAAACAGCAAGGUACAAGCCGCAGCGGACGUUGCAAAGGACACCUGCCGCCAGCUGAUCGUGCAGAAGAAGCAGCGGAUGGCCAACAAGGAGCCCAUGCAGCCGGACAUCAUUUCUGUGGCGCUCGAGUCGGGCGGAUUCAACGACGAAGAGCUCGUCAACAACAUGAUGACGUUCCUGGCCGCGGGCCAUGAGACCACGGCGUCGGCAUUCACCUGGGCCAUCUACCAACUCUGCCAACGACGGGAUCUCCAGGCACGCCUGCGCGAGGAGGUCCGCUCCCACAUCUCCAACCUCGACACCGACAACAUCACCGCCGAGGUGAUCGACGCGAUGCCGUACCUCCACGCCGUUUGUCAAGAGAUCCUCCGCCUGUGGGCCCCCGUGCCGCUCACCUUGCGCGACGCCGCCUGCGACACCUCGAUCCUGGGCCAGUUCGUCCCCAAGGGCACCAAGGUCAUCCUCGCGCCCUGGGCGAUCAACCACAACACCUCCCUCUGGGGCGCCGACGCCUCCGAGUUCAACCCGGACCGGUGGACCGCGCCGGGCCAGGCCAACGGCGGCGGCGCCGUGAGCAACUAUGCCUUCCUGACGUUUCUGCACGGGCCGCGGAGCUGCAUCGGCGCCAAAUUCGCCGUGGCGGAGUUUGCGUGCCUGCUCGCCGCGUUCGUCGGCUCGUGGGAGUUCGAGAUGGUCGAUCCGGACAAGGAGAUCGAGGUCAAGGGCGGCGUCACCGCUCGUCCCAAGGGCGGUGUUGAGGUCUACUUAAAGCCUGUGGAAGGGUGGGCAAAUUGAAUGACUAAAUAAUCGUCGAUGUGUGACGCCGGGUGUCACGGUUUGAAGAUGGAAUUCGGGAACGGAUAUAUUGAUAUGGAUAUAGUCAUUUUGGGCGUGAUGAGAUGAUCAUUUGUGCUUACGAGUGGUGUUCUUGAGACAUAUAGAGCAUUCCAGUAACGGCCAGUUGCGCUUUUCUGUCAGUUUUGCAGCGGAGGCUAUGAAUAUAUCAUAGCAUCAAGGGCGCACCUCUCAAACUCAGGGGUAUCUAUGCAUAUAUUCCACUUUCCAGACCAGGGCGCCUCUGACAAAAGUCUCACUGUAG